CUUGAGGGUUUGGCUUUGCUAUAUCUAUAUCUCAUAUGCUCGCCUGAAUUCUCUCCGACGCUUCCUCAGCUUUGUUUCUCUCCUUCCCUUCCUCUCCGUAUUCAUCUAUCUCAUCCAUGGUACUUCCAUUGGACCCUCUUCAAUGCAGUAAAAUAAGAAAACGCAAGUGAUUCAAUCUAAAAAGUAAGAAGAUUUGAGGGUUUACCGGGAAACCCAGGAAGAACCGAGCUUUCGGUUUGGGAAUGAGAUAGUAAUUUGAUUUUCUUCCUUGCAGUGCAUUUUUGGAUCAAGAUUUUAUUGGGUUUUUGAUAUUGGAAGCAAUUAAUUCUUCUUUGUAAAUUGUGGUAUUGUUUUUUUCUUUUUCUUCGCCUUUUUUGGUGAUAGACAUUCAAUUCUAUUGCCUGUUCGAGGGUUAGGGUUUUUGAUGUGAAAGUCUGGUCUAUCUGAGUUUGUUUAGUGGUUUUGCGAAUUGGGUAUUUGAGCUUGAAGCGUUUAUUUAUAUGGAUCCUGGGAGUUAGGUGCUUGAGGCCAAAGAAUUUAAGUAUCUUCGUAUUCUUAAUUUGAUCAAGGUAUGAGUCGUAGGGUUCGGCGGAAGGUGGAGAAGAAGGGGAAGGUUGUGUCUCUAGGUUGCCAGAAAAUUGAAGAGGAGUAUAUAGGUCCGGAGGGAAAUGGCGCUGUUGAUUGGACAUGCUUGCCUGAUGACACAGUGAUUCAGCUGUUCUCGUGUUUGAAUUAUCGGGACAGGGCAAGCUUCUCAUCAACUUGUAGGACAUGGAGGGUUUUGGGUGCUUCUCAGUGUUUAUGGAGUUCAUUGGAUAUUCGUGCUCACAAAUUUGAUGCUGCAAUAGCUGCUUCACUUGCUUCUAGAUGCCUGAAUCUCCAAAAGCUUAGGUUUCGUGGGGCGGAGUCUGCUGAUGCAAUAAUUCAUCUUAAGGCUAGGAAUUUGCGUGAAAUAAGUGGUGAUUACUGCAGAAAAAUAACUGAUGCUACUCUGUCUGUAAUUGUGGCUCGGCAUGAGGCUUUGGAAAGUCUUCAGCUUGGGCCUGACUUCUGUGAGAGGAUCACUAGUGAUGCUAUAAAAUCAAUUGCUUUUUGCUGCCUAAAGUUGAAGAAACUUAGGUUGUCUGGGAUAAGGGAUGUUAGUGCUGAGUCCAUCAAUGCUUUGGCCAAGCAUUGUCCGGAUCUGAUUGAUAUUGGGUUCUUGGAUUGUCUAAAUGUCAAUGAGGCAGCCUUGGGAAAUGUAGUAUCUGUUUGUUUCCUCUCAGUUGCUGGAUCAUCCAAUAUUGACUGGAGUGUGGUUUCAAGUAGUUGGCACAAGUUGCCCAAAUUGAUUGGCUUAGAUGUUUCAAGAACUAGUAUUGGUCCAACUGUUGUUUCUAGAUUAUUAUCUUCAUCCCAGAGCUUGAAGGUUUUGUGUGCUUUGAAUUGUCCGGUUCUUGAAGAGGAUACAAGCUUCAGCACCAGUAAAAACAAAGGCAAGCUAUUACUUGCUCUCUUUACAGAUAUUUUAAAAGAACUGUCUUCUUUAUUUGCUGACACUACAGUGAAAGGAAAGAAUCUGUUUUUGGAUUGGAGGAACUCAAAAAACAAUGAUAGGAACUUAGAUGAGAUCAUGACUUGGAUUGAAUGGAUCCUUUCCCACACACUUUUGCGUACUGCUGAGAGCAAUCCACAAGGUCUGGAUGAUUUCUGGCUCAAGCAAGGGGCAGCACUGUUGCUCAGCUUAAUGCAGAGCACACAAGAAGAUGUUCAAGAAAGGGCUGCAACUGGACUUGCAACUUUUGUUGUUAUUGAUGACGAAAAUGCCAGCAUAGAUUGUGAAAGGGCUGAGGCAGUCAUGCGAGAUGGUGGGAUCCGUCUUCUUCUCAAUCUUGCGAAAUCUUGGCGGGAAGGGCUUCAGUCGGAGGCUGCUAAGGCUAUUGCAAACUUGUCCGUUAAUGCCAAUGUUGCAAAAGCUGUUGCUGAAGAAGGAGGAAUCAAUAUCCUUGCUGGGUUGGCAAGGUCUAUGAACAGGCUGGUUGCUGAAGAGGCAGCUGGAGGGCUAUGGAAUCUAUCUGUAGGAGAAGAGCACAAGGGUUCCAUUGCUGAGGCUGGCGGAGUUAAAGCUUUGGUUGAUCUUAUAUUCAAAUGGUCCUCUGGUGGUGAUGGAGUUCUUGAGCGUGCAGCUGGUGCCUUGGCAAAUUUGGCAGCUGAUGACAAGUGUAGUAUGGAAGUUGCAGUUGCAGGUGGGGUACAUGCUUUGGUGAUGCUUGCACGUAAUUGCAAGUUUGAGGGAGUGCAAGAGCAGGCUGCUCGUGCUUUGGCAAAUUUAGCUGCCCAUGGAGAUAGCAAUAAUAACAAUGCUGCUGUUGGACAAGAGGCAGGUGCUCUUGAAGCCCUUGUUCAACUUACACGUUCUCCUCAUGAAGGUGUCAGGCAAGAAGCUGCUGGUGCAUUGUGGAAUUUGUCCUUUGAUGACAGAAACCGAGAAUCAAUUGCAGCAGCUGGGGGGGUAGAAGCAUUGGUUGCCCUUGCACAGUCCUGUGCAAAUGCCUCACCAGGUCUUCAAGAGAGAGCAGCUGGUGCUCUUUGGGGAUUGUCUGUAUCUGAAGCAAAUAGUGUUGCAAUUGGACAAGAAGGAGGUGUUGCACCCCUUAUUGCACUUGCUCGCUCUGAUGCUGAGGAUGUGCAUGAGACUGCAGCAGGUGCUCUUUGGAACCUGGCUUUUAACCCUGGUAAUGCUCUCCGAAUAGUGGAAGAAGGGGGAGUUCCUGCACUUGUUCAUCUUUGUACUUCAUCUGUAUCAAAAAUGGCCCGCUUCAUGGCUGCAUUGGCACUAGCUUACAUGUUUGAUGGGAGAAUGGAUGAGAUUGCACCGAUGGGGCCCUUGUCAGAAAGCACAUCCAAGAGUGUGAGCUUAGAUGGAGCUAAAAGAAUGGCAUUGAAGCACAUUGAAGCUUUUGUUCUCACUUUCUCUGAUCCACAAUCAUUUGCAGCAGCUGCUGCUUCGUCAGCUCCUGCAGCAUUAGCACAAGUAACAGAAAGAGCUCGUAUUCAAGAAGCAGGACAUCUGAGAUGCAGCGGAGCUGAAAUCGGUAGAUUUAUCACCAUGCUCAGAAAUCCUUCUUCCAUACUCAAGGCAUGUGCUGCAUUUGCUCUACUCCAGUUCACCAUUCCUGGAGGUCGGCAUGCUGUUCACCAUGCUAGCCUUAUGCAAAGUGCUGGAGCAGCGCGGGUUCUACGUGCUGCAGCUGCAGCUGCAACUGCCCCUCUUGGGGCUAAGAUCUUUGCAAAGAUUGUACUUCGCAACCUCGAACACCACCAUGGAGAACCUUCCUUAUAAUAAAUGCAGUACAUAUUUCAUGAUGGAAGAUGGACAUCAAAUGCCAUAAGAAGAUUUUAUGGUCUGUAAUUUCUGCCCUAGAGAUCCAUCAAAGCAGGUCCAAUCAGCGUUUUGUGUCUUCGACUUCUGUUUUCCAAUGUGUUAGUUGUCUGAAGUCUGGCUUAGGUUCAAGUGAAUCUCUUUCCCCUUUCUUGUAAACAGAUCUUUACUUGGGGAACCGAUCUAAAUUUAUACCUCAUUAUUUCGUUAAUCUGUAUUCAUUAUUACAACAUUUCCUAUAGAGUCAUAAAUGUCAAUUGAGACUUAAUUGUGUCUGUAUCAGUAUUUGCCAGAAUUAAUGACAGUUUAUUUU